AUGCAGAAUCUGACCGACCUUCCAGGCAAUGCCAUCAACUCACAGAAGAGUCUGUCUGUGAUAAUCAAGGUGUGUGUGGUGAUCCCUUUCUUCUGCAUCUUUCUCUACUGCAUUGUGGUCAUGCUGCACACCUUCGCCUCCCACAGACAAUUCCUGGACAACUCCCGAUACAUCCUGUUUGCCUACAUGCUGAUCAAUGACACUCUGCAGCUCCUCUCCUCUGUCCUCCUCUUCCUCUUCAUUGUUGGCAACGUGAAGUUUGCUAUCGUCUACUGUGCCCCUCUACUCUUCUUCUCCACCUCCACCUUCCACAACACCCCUCUGAUCCUGGCAGCUAUGUCCCUGGAGCGCUACGUGGCCAUCUUCUAUCCUCUGCAGCGUCCAGCUGCCUGGCACGCUGACCGUAUCUGGAUCAUCAUCCUGAGCCUGUGGCUGGUCAGCUGCAUCCUGCCCAUUGUGGACUUCUCUCUGGGAAAGCCUCAGCCUGGCGUGAAUGUCCUCUCCACCCCGGUGCUCUGCAGAACCAUGGUGCUCAACUCGUCCCCUGUCCAGACACUGUUUAAGAUGUCCCUGAAUGGGCUGUUCUUCGCGGUGGUAUUGGCCAUCAUCAUGUUCACCUACAUGAGGAUCCUGCUGGAGACCAGGAAGAUGCGUCAGGACCGGGCGUCGGUGGCCAAGGCCAUGCAUACAGUGCUGCUCCACGGCUUUCAGCUACUUCUGUGCAUGAUCUCCUUCACCCAACCGGUCACAGAGAGCCUCAUCAGUGUGUACUCCGGCUUGCUGGCCGAGCACAUCUCCUUCUUCAUCUACUUCUGCUUCAUACUGCUGCCGCGCUUCCUUAGCCCGCUCAUCUAUGGCCUGAGAGAUGAGAGCUUGAGGUGCUACGUGAUGAGAGAUGUACUGUGCUGCUCACACAAACACAGGUUCAGCGUCAAGGUCAGGGUCAGCCCCAGAGCCCCGGCCACCACACAGACACUGGGUCAGGGUCAGCCCCAGAGCCCCGGCCACCACACAGACACGGGGUAA